AUGGGAUUUCGCAUCACCACAUGGAAUGCAAAAAGAAACCCGUUCUCCUACGAGCCAUGGAGAGGAACGCGCACAUUCGAGUCCAUGUUUGACACACUGGAGGCGGAUAUUGUUAUUCUCCAAGAAACCAAGAUUCAACGCAAAGAUCUCCGUGAUGACAUGGUCUUGGUUCCGGGAUGGGACUGUUAUUUCAGUCUCCCCCAAGUUAAGAAAGGAUACUCGGGUGUUGUGAUUUACACGCGCAAUGCCACAUGUUCUCCAAUAAGGGCAGAAGAGGGCAUUACUGGAGUUCUCUGUCCACCGAAAUCUCCAACGUCUUUCCGUAGUCUUCCAGAAGAGCAACAGAUCGAGCAAGAGGAUGUGGGCUCGGUUCCCGAUGCCGCAAUAGAUGCACCAACUCUCGACUCCGAAGGGCGCUGCGUCAUUCUCGAGUUUCCUGCAUUUGUCCUCAUUGGUGUCUAUUGCCCUGCCUGUCGGGAUGAGAGUCGGGAUACCUUUCGCAUGGACUUUCUCAAUGCCCUAGAUGCUCGAAUUCGCAACCUGACUGCGAUGGGGAAGAAUGUGGUCGUGGCUGGCGAUAUCAAUAUCUCGAAGCAGAGCAUUGAUGCCGCUCAUGGAAUUGAGGCUAUACGGAAAGGUACGAUGACAGAGGAGGAAUUUAUAUCUGCCCCCCCCUCGACGUCUAUUCAACCACUUGAUGUCGGAUGGCGUGGCAGGGAGGAUCCUGUCCUCUUCGAUGUGUGCAGGUCAUUCCAUCCACGUCGUACAGGCAUGUAUACAUGCUGGGAUCAGAAACUCAAUGCUCGACCAGGGAAUUACGGAUCACGGAUCGACUAUGUGUUGUGCAGCUUGCAUAUGCAGGACUGGUUCUCCGACUCAAACAUUCAAGAGGGAUUGAUGGGAUCAGACCACUGUCCUGUAUAUGCUGUCAUCAAGGAAUCUGUAAACCGGCCCGAAGGCGAAGUAAACAUUCGGGAUAUUCUCAACCCACCGGGAAUGUUUAAAUGUGGCAAGCGUCAACAGGAAUACUCAAACGAGUGCGCAUUGCCCGCUUCGGGACGUUUACUCCCCGAAUUCAACGUCGAUAAUCGGAGAAGCAUCAAGGACAUGUUCACUCGUAAACCAGUCAGCAUUCCGUCGGAGUCGGUCGAGCUAGCCGGUACACCAGCUAACAUACCCACGACUCGAGUCGCCAAAUCUACCGUCAUGCACACAGCCUUCGGAUCCACUGACUCGGCCAAGAAGGGUUCUGCGUCUAUAACUGAGGCAAAUCGACCUUCUCGGGCUGCUUCUCGGAAACGCUCCCAGCCUCUACCCUCCACGUUCGCAAAGCGCUCCAAGUCCACCUUAUCGACGUCUUCCGAGGGAUCUUCGGCAGGCCAAAAGACAUUAACGGGCUUCUUUAAGCCAAAAGAUGUCGAUGUAUAUGAAGCUACCCAGUCACCUAUGGCUUUUCCGGGAUCUUCGACACCAUCACUCACCCCCAAACUAUCGGAAGGUCCACAAGAGAAAGGGAAAGCUUCAGGAAUCAAUCCGCAGCCUCCGGGGUCCCAAGAGGACAUCAUACGAAAUGAAGCUGGCACUUCUAUCGAACGUCCGACGGCCAGCAAGUUCUUUGGUGACACGGUAAUCGACCCGAUUGUCAGUAAGGAGGACUGGUCAAAAAUUUUUACCAAGAAGCCCGUUCCAACGUGCGAUGGACAUCAAGAGCCGUGUAUCAGCUUGACCACGAAGAAACCUGGAAUGAAUCGCGGCCGCUCCUUUUGGAUUUGUUCCCGGCCAUUGGGACCUAGCGGAGAAAAGGAAAAAGGGACGCAAUGGCGAUGUCCCACUUUCAUCUGGGCCAGCGACUGGAACUCACCAGUUGCGGCGCAAGAGCAAUGA